AUGGGCAUCAAGAUGGCAGAAUCAUCAUCAUCACCACGCGGUUCUUCACUUACAAGAGACAACGAUGUUGUACUCCCAGAUGCACCGGCAAUUAGCACGCCAGUCAAGCCGGAAGACGACACCAACUCACGUGCAGCGGGUGUUGCACUCGAAGAUUUGUUCGAUGAAGACGAUGAUCAAUUACAAGCUGAACUCGUGUUCACCAGCUCAAAUACAAUUCCUUCCUCUCCUCCUCAGCCAGCCUCAGAUUCAUCCUCACAGACUAUCGCAGAUACGCAGCAGGAGUCCUACUCAGAUUCGGGCUUGAUGAAACAAUUCUACUCUCGAUUCUUCCCCUUUCGAUCGCUCUUUCAGUGGCUCAACCACUCACCGAAGCCUGGGCCGGACUUCGGAAACCGAGAAUUCGCCCUCACACUACAAAAUGAUGCGUACCUGCGAUACCAAUCCUACCCAAACUCUGACAUGUUGAGGAAAGACAUAAUACGGCAAAACCCUUCUCGUUUCGAAAUCGGGCCUGUCUAUACCACAAACCCAAGGGAUCGAAAGACUUUGCGAAAGAGCUCAAUGUUUCGUCCGCUGAGCAAAGAGAUUGUAUUCGAUAUUGAUUUGACAGAUUACGAUGACAUUCGAAGUUGUUGCGUUAAGGCGAAUAUAUGUUCAAAGUGCUGGGCAUUUGCAACAAUGGCAAUCAAGGUCGUUGAUGUUGCACUGAGGGAUGAUUUUGGUUUCGAACAUAUCAUAUGGAUCUAUUCCGGAAGACGUGGUGUCCAUGCCUGGAUCAGCGACAAAGAAGCCAGAGAACUAGAUGAUGAUAAGCGGAAAGCAAUCACUGGAUACUUUGAGGUCCUGAGGGGAGGUACACAAAGUGGGAAGCGAGUGAAUAUCAAAAGACCACUACAUCCUCACAUUGUUCGAAGCCUUGAGAUUCUCAAACCAUACUUUCAGCAAGUUUUGGUCGACCAGGAACCAUUUAUGACUCAGGCCGGCCAAGAGAGACUCUUACAGUUGAUUCCUGAUAAGGCUCUUGGUGAUGCCCUGGCAAAGAAAUGGGCCAGCAGCCCAGAUCGUCCCAGUACUCGAAAAUGGGCCGACAUUGACUCCCUGGCAGCUACUGGUGUUAGCAAGAGUCUUGACACCAAGGCGUUGAUGGAAGCGAAACAGGAUAUUCUGUUAGAGUACACUUACCCGAGACUCGAUGUGGAAGUCGGAAAGAAGCGUAUCCAUUUGUUGAAAAGUCCCUUCGUCGUGCAUCCGGGCACCGGAAGGGUGUGUGUACCUAUCACGACUGGAGGUGACAUGAAACGAGCAGAGGCCUUUGACCCCUUCUCGGUACCGAAAGUCACUGAUCUUUUCCGGGAAGUGGAUCUGUUCAGCAGUACUACCGAGGGCGAGGAGCAACAUCAAAAUGGGUCAGCUGAAGAUAGAGUCACGCCGAGGAAGAUAAAUGACUGGGAGAAGACGAGCCUCAGACCAUAUGUUGAGAUGUUCGAUGUCUUUGUCAAAGGUCUGCUGAAAAGUGAGAUGACACGAGUCAAGAGGGAAAGGGACGAGGAAGGAGUAACGGGAACAGAUGGGAUGGAAUUCUAA